UACUAUUUUUGCAUAUGCAGUGCAGAGCUAGCAGAGUUGGGAUUUAAAUUGGCGAACAACAUCUCAAUAUUUUUUGAAUUUAUCAGCGAAAUACUCAAGAUAACAAAAUGGAAGGAAAUGCAUAUGGAGCUGGGAUGGCUGGAAAGCCAUUUGAUGUUUUAGACUAUAUCAAGAAACCUUCUGUAAUACUGAGAUUCAUCAGUUGGGUAUUUGCCAUCAUCGUGUUUGCGUGUAUAUCGGCUGAAAAAGAAUACAGUUUUGGUAGCUACGUGGCUUGUCCAUAUGGAGGAGACAGCGGUGCAUGUGGUUUUGGAAUCUUCGUUGGGGUGAUAGCUUUCUUAGCGUGCAUGGUUUUUCUUGUCAUGGAUGCAAUGUUCGACAACUGGAGCAAUGUGCAGCACAGAAAGAUGGCCGUCAUGGCUGACCUUAUCUUCUCAGGUAUUUGGACCUUCAUGUAUUUUGUGUGCUUCUGCUACCUAACAAAUAAAUGGGUCGGCACAACAAACACAAUAAAGAAUGGACCCGGAGUAAGCUCGGUACAAGCAGCUAUCGCAUUCUCCUUUUUCUCAAUAAUAACUUGGGCUCUUCUCAGUGGGCUGGCAUUCAUGAAGUUCAGGCAGGGUUCCGCAUCUGCCUUUGCCCCCAGCUUUGAGCCCAGUGAUCAACCCACCCCCUACCCCGGCACCACGGCAACCAGCGUGGGCAACGACUCCUACCAGCAGCCCCCGUUCGAUCCCACUACCACCAAGUCCGGCGAUCCAGGCUUUUCGGCCCCGCCCUCACAAGCACAGUACCAGGCUCCAUCGUACUAACUAGCGGCUGGCAUGGAGACCCCCCUCAGUGUCAAGAGGAGCUUACAUGCGGUGUUACGUAUAUCCGCGAUGCAGACUAAUACAUGUAGAUAUAUGGUCAAUCUUCCUUUUGUAGAAGUGUUAUUAGUGUAUGAGACAAGGUGUUCCAUUAUUCCAACUUGUGUUGGUUAGGAAAAGAAAAAAAAAUUUGAGGCAGAGGAAAUUAUCAGGAAGCUGUUCUAAGAAAUGAAAGGUAUAUAUGACAGAGGAUUUGAAUCAUUCUAGAUUGUAUUUCAAUUGCAUUUUGAUUAUCCUGAGCGUCGUGUAAAUGUGUUGCAAACACCAAAGUCUGUUGUAAAUGUGAGUCGUAUGAUAAUAAUAAUUUGAUGUGAUGCUGACAGUAAAUUAGAAUGAUGCCCCAUCCAUAGUGGUAUUAAAAGCUAGGCCAUGUUUAUUGGGAGAUAGCCUAACCAUGUAGCGAUUCCCCCAUGUCUUGAAUGCUAGAGUGAACGUAUGUGACGGUGUGUGUGUGUGAGGUAUUGAUAUUACCCCCUCAGUGGCCUGCUGUAAAUUGAAACCCAAUCAGGAGACGAAUGAUGUAUGCAGCAGACGCCAAACGCCACCGCUCACUUCGCUUCGAAUCGUCUUGUUACGUCAUUAUCUAGCAGUCAUGGGAUACGCAUGUGGCCGCCGUGUAUACGUAUCGUAAUAUUUAUCACUUUGUCUUUCAAAUUAAACAGACCGAUUCGUCCAGCAAAUUUCAAUUAUGUAGAUCAGCUUCUACUCACUACUCUUUUGUAAUUAAUUAUCAUCUCUGAUUCUUUUAACCAAAAAUUCACAACCGCUAUACAUCAGUGUUUCCUAAAGUUGUCUUGUAGUACAUGUAUACUAACCUGUAAGAAUUCCAGAAACUCAAGGUUAUCUUAAACUGACUCUCUGUAGUAAAUGCCACAUGUAAUUUAUAUUUUCCAGAUAACUUUUCUUUUUCAUGUUAGAACAGACUCUGUAUGAUUUCUCAUUGUAAUUGUUAGUAGUGAGACAUGGUUGUGAGGAAUGCUUGCGUACAUGUGUCGCUUUUGAAUCCUACUGUAUGUCAAAUACUUUGAUCGUUGAAACAAGCCAACACCUAAAAUCCCUGAUAUUAAAGCAUACCAGCAUGUUGGUGUUCAUAUCCGAAGACUUACGACAUUCGUUCUCGAGAGUUAUCAAUUCAAGUGAUAUUAAGAUCAGCUUAGUAUCCAUAAGAGGUUAGAUGACUGAGGGAGAAAAGGAAAUUGAAAAAAAAAA